GUUAAAACAAUUAUUCAAAUCAUUUUGAAUCUGGAUGAGACGAGAAAAAAGGCCGUUUGAAAAAGAGCACACUCGCUCCACGCCAACAUUCCUGGCCAUAAGUCAAAAGCCAAUUUCCAAUAAACUCCUGCUGCUCUGCAGAAACUAUGUCCUAGAAAAUGACAGUUUUGCUUUUUUCUUUUUAAAUUUUUCCUAAAAAUGGCAUAAUCACCAGACCACUGGGAACACUUUGAAAUGAUGAUCAAAGUGGGACUUUAUGAAAAGAAAGGAAAGCACUACUAGUUCAUAUACUGAGAAAACCCACAUUUUCGACAAAAUUAUUUACUGAACCAAAAAAAAUAAUAAAAAUAAAUAACCCUUUAAUUAAAAAUAGACAUUACUGCUAUAUGACUUUCCAUAGUAAAAACUUAAACAGUUGUGUUGCUUUGUUUCAUUUCAGAUUUGUCACAAUGAUCUGGACCGUUCUUUUGUUCAGUGGGCUCCUCGUAGGGACUCUUUUAUCUCCAAUUUUAUCCCUAACCCCAUCCUCCACUGACAAAAAUCCCUGCUGGAUCUACAACAAUGGCCGAUCUGCAGACUGUCGAGGAAAACAACUUUACAGAGUCCCACAAAGACAUCUUCCCGCCACACUCCAAGAAAUAGAUCUCUCCUACAACGAAAUUAAUGCCAUCUACACUUCAGAUUUCCAGCAUCUCCCGCAGCUUCACACCCUUCAGCUGCAGUUCAACAACAUUUCCUACAUUGACAAUGAUGCCUUUCAAAACAACACAAUAUUGAAGCAUCUCAACAUUUUUAAUAACUCACUAUUGGAAAUUCCUACUGCAGCUUUAGAGCCUCUCCUCAAUCUAAAAAUGCUUUAUAUGUCCAACAAUUUAUAUAAACACGCCACUUUGGCCAACAGCUUCUCCAAGUUUGCUAAACUGCAGAUUCUGUCUAUGGGCGGUCCUUUAGUCAUGGGUCUGAAGAAGAGGGAUUUUUAUCCACUCAAGAAUAUCAAGUUGUACACAUUUGCCAUCAAGUGCUCCUCCAACCUCAGCUACUAUGAGCCUGAAAGUUUAAAAGUCGUACAAACAACUAUAAUGGGCUUUGAUAUGGCAGUUGAUCAGUUGCCAAGUGCUCUCCACAACAUGCUGCACGACUUAGCCAACAAGUCAUUCCAAGUCAUUCAGUUUCGCAACCUCUUUGAAUUUACAUACUACUUGGGAAAGGAUGACAUCUUUCAAGGUUUGCGAAAUGUGAAAUCCCAGCAGCUCAUUUUUCACAGAGGCAAAUUCAAUGAGAACCUUCUGAGGAUGGCUCUGAUGAACUUACAAGUGACCCCCAUCAAACGGCUGAGGCUUCAGUACAUCGACUUCGCCCGUUCACCCACAUUUGUUGACAGCGGGGUGGGGUCCAGCAUCACAAACUUGGCACUUGACAACUUGGAUCUUUGGUACAUCAGCAAUCCUGACAUCCUGCGGUUUGACUGGCGCUUCACCUGGUUCAAAAAGAUCAAGCACCUGUCCAUUAAACAUGUGUAUUUCAAUUCAGUUCCUUGUGACUCCUGGGCAGAGAUGGAAGGACUGGAGUUACUGGAUGUGUCCAACAAUCGACUGCUGAAUGAAUAUGUCUUCAACCAGCGCUGUGAUUACAGUGGCACGAUGCCUAAUCUACACACCUUCAACAUGAGCACCAACGACUUGACAAGCUUGAAAGACUUGUCAUCUCUAACAAGAGAGUUCAGGCAGAUGCGAGUGUUUGAUCUGAGCGACAACAAACUGGGAUCUACUCAAGAGAAGGAAGUCUGCAUCUGGAAACAGAACAUCACACAUUUUAUCGCUCACCACAACCCGCUAGGAAGCAAUGCUUUCAGCUGUCUGCCAACCACAGUGCACUACUUAGAUCUCUCCUACUGCAACCUGGACCAGUUAGAAAUGACAUACUUUAGAAAAGCUACCAACCUCAAACACCUCCUGCUGAGUGGAAAUAAAAUAAAGUUCAUUCCAUCUAAGUGGGAGAGCCUCUCCCUGCAGUUUCUGGCUCUGGAUGGGAAUUCCUUUGGCCUGAUUAGUAAGGAAUCCUUCCAGCACAUGCCCCAACUGUCUGAGCUGAGAGCAGGGAACAACCCUUACCAUUGCACGUGUGAGCUCCAUGCUUUUGUGGAGGACACACUAUCAGAGGGAAAGAUUAACCUCACAGACUGGCCGUCAAACUACAGAUGUUACCAUCCAGAGCCUUUUCUCAACACUUUCAUAUCCAAAUACUUUCCUGGUAAAGUUGCCUGUGACAUUCGAUUAGUUAUCAUCAUCAGUGUUGUUGUGACGACAGCAGUCAUCUUGGUACUUGUGCUGAUCUGCUACAUUUUCGACCUCCCGUGGUACACCAAAGCCACGUAUCAGAUCAUCAGAGCCAAAUACAGAGCUCACAAGGAGAAGGCGGCGGGGGAACUGGAGACUUUCACCUACCACGCCUUCAUAUCGUACAGCCACUCUGAUGCGGACUGGGUCAGGGACCAGCUCCUGCCCUGCUUGGAGAACACCAGGAACCCCUAUCGUCUGUGCAUUCAUGAGCGAGACUUCAUGCCAGGGAAAUGGAUUAUCGACAACAUCAUCGAGAACAUUGAAAGCAGUCGCAAGAUCAUUUUCGUCCUCUCCCGCCACUUUGUCAACAGCGAGUGGUGCAACUACGAGCUGUACUUUGCUCAGCAGAGAGCGAUGGGAAAGACUUUCAGCGACGUCAUCCUUGUGGUGAAGGAGCCCAUUGAUCCGAGCUCUUUGCCCAGCAAGUACUGCAAACUCAAAAAGAUGCUGAGCACCAAGACGUACCUGGAGUGGCCCCAACAGGCCAACCAGCAGCACUUUUUCUGGGCACAGCUCAGGAGUGUUCUGGGCAAACCCACAGAGAGCCAGGACAGGCCGCUGAGCAUCAGGAGAAGAAACUCAGAGGGAAGAGUUUCUGUAACUGGGACUCGAGCGGAGAAAAAUCUGGGAAAAGAGGACACGACUGACGCAAAUAAAGAUCUCGAGUUUGUUGAGAGGAAUGGUGUCGAACUGUCAAACCAGAGACAAAUACCCAUCGUGGCCUUUUAGUCUGAACAUAUGUAUUUAUUUAGGUUCACGCUUUAACACCUGAGCUCCAGUGUUUAUGUUCUUUGAUUUAUUGUCAUUUUUCAACCGUUAGCAUGAACGUGUUAACGGGUAAAAGGUUACAGUAUGUUGUUUCUUUUUUUAUAGUAGAGACCUUUAUUUACAGAAGUAUUUCAUAUCUGAUGCAAUAAAAACUAUUAAGGACAGACUGACACAACCUUUUCUGUGUUCUAGUGAGACAAACAUGACAAAAACUGAAUAUGAAGACUGUUUUUCCUUUAAGAAAAUUCUUAUUUUUUUGAAAAAAAAAAAAUGUCUUCUUAGUUUAAGAAAACAAGUCUUAGAGACGAGAAUUUUUUUCUUUCUUGUAAGAUGCGAUUAUUUUGCUUAUUUAAAGCAAUUGUUGUCAAACUUAAAUCAUUUAAGGGGUCUAUUUUGGCUGUGUAUUAUGAUAAAAUGUACAAAAACACAAAGUGAAGCUUCACCUAUUUUUUUUUGUUUUAAUUAUAUUGUUUAAAUGGUGUAAAAACAGCACAAACCAAGUUAACAAUAAUAGUGCUCAAUUCUUUCAGUUCAUUCAAGUGUUGGUUUUAGUUUUGUCCACUAGGGGGUGGUAAUGUGCUGACAGAUGUCCAAAGAUAACUCCUGCACUUCUGUUGAGUUUUUUUUUCUACACUUGCACAGCAAAACAUAUUUUUUUUAUGUGCAGGAAAUGAAAUAUUAAUGCUUUAAAAAGGGAUUAGUGUGUUUAUUACACUUAAUGUUUUCAUAUGUUUUUGCACUGCACACUGACUUAUAUUAUAUGUUUUCAUUGAGCUAUUUUUUCUAAGCAAUGUAAAUAUAUUUUUUACUUUAUAUGAAAAUAGUUUACUCUGUAAAUUGACUUUUUUUUUUGCUUUGGUUUACCAGUCCACUGGCAUGUAGUGGACUCAGAUCCAUAGAAAUAUGAGAAAUACUCCAAGUAAAAAAUAACUACUUUUUUGUUUUUAUAAAAGCUAUUAAUUGUAGUUGAUAAAGUUCUAGGGGUUUUUAUCAGCUUUAAGUAGAAUCCUUGUGUGUGACAGCUGCCCUUAAAAUGCUGACCAUAAAUGCUUUAAUGUGAAGUGUUAUCAAAAGUUGACUUUCAAUAAAAACUGUUUCAAAAAUGAGAAAUUUCUGCUUUGACAAUUACUCUGCUGUACUGAUACAGAGAAUAUCCUAAAGUGUUUUCCUAGUAAAAA